AUGUCUGAGGACCAAGAGAAUAUAGCACCAAUGUCCCGUUUACCUCGUCUAGCUUCACCUGCCAAACCCUCCGCCAUCCCUACCCUAUCAGCCACGACUGGUUCUGCCGUUCCCCUGCUCUCGAAUGGCAAUGCAAACAAGAGAAAAUUACCUUCUUCUCCACUCGCUCCUCCUCCCACCAAACGUUCGGUGUCGGGUAGCUCACUUGGGAAUUCUUCCACUUCGACAGGAUUGAGAACUUCGCAGAGGAAACCAACAAGUGAAUUUGUCCCGUCCACCACUCGAAAACCAGUUGCUGCUCUUCCUCCUUCAAGACCAGCUUCGGCGCUAGGGACAUCAACUAGAAGGACUGGUAGUGCCGGUAGUGCUGGUAGUGCAGCUUCUUCGUCCACCACAUCCACCACCAGGGCUAGAGCGGGUGCAGCCACCGUAGCAAAGAGACCGCCCGUCGCUGCUAGUUCGUCCACGACCAGAGCUACAAGUACUUUGGGCAGAAGUGUUGGACCUGGAGCUGGCGGAAGGGCCACCAGUAGAGGCGUCAGUCCAGCAUUAGCUGCACCAAGUAGAGCAACCGGUAUAGGCAGUGGAGUAGCUAGUGCCGCCCAAUUCAAGAGCCACAACGGAAGACUUGAAAAUGUUGAAAAAAUGGUAGGCGGGUUCAAGGAUCUGUUGGAAAGGGAACAAGCGAAAAUCUCAUCGCUUCAGAUGUCACAAGUAGACCUUCAAGCACUUCUUCAAUCCACUCAAAACACCGAAAGAGAAGCACGACGCGAUUUAUCUUCCGCUUCGGAGGAGCUUGCAGCUGUGAGAGCUGCUCAUGCGAGAGAGGUGGAUGACUUGGAACGAACGGUUGCGAGGAAAGAUAGGGAGAAGAGAGGAUUGGAGGACGAAAUGAGAGAAAGUAGGGAUGAACUGAGCAGAGAAAGGGACAUAAUACGUCAAUUAAAGCAAACUCUUGCUGAACAAUCGACGCAACAUCUUACAUUGUCAGCUCAACUUCAAGCGUCCCAAACUCAACUCAAUCUCCUUCAAGCAGAAGUGGAGCGUGCGACGUUGAGCGUAUCUUCCAUGAAAGCCGAACUUGCUGUAGGACAAGACACAGCUCGUAAAGCUGAGGAGAUAGCUGAAGUGAAAAUCACAGAAGCUGAAGAAGAAAGAGAUAGGCGAAUAGCAGAAAUCGAAGAAGAGCUGAGAGCGGCAGAGACGAUUAGACGAAAACUGCAUAAUCAAGUUCAAGAGUUGAAAGGCAACAUCCGAGUCUUCGCUCGUGUACGACCACCUCUUUCCCAUGAAUCGUCUUCACCUGAUGCCCUCGCCGAUAUCGUUUAUGGAGACGAUCGAGAAGCUCAAGAGACAGGUCAAUCAAAGAUUGUGGUAAAGAGUAAAUCCGAAUCUGCUACUGGACAAGCGCGAGAACAGGAAUACGAUUUUACUUUCGAUAAGAUUUUUGCGCCUCACUCAGGACAAAAAGAAGUGUUUGAAGAAAUAUCUAUGUUGGCUCAAUCGGUCUUAGAUGGUUAUAAUGUCUGCAUCUUCGCUUACGGCCAGACUGGUUCGGGUAAAUCAUGGACGAUGGAAGGUGGUCAAAACGAACUUGACGCUGGUAUGAUCCCCCGAGCAAUCGAUAUGAUUUUCACUGUCUCGAACGGAUUGAAAGAUCGAGGAUGGAAGUAUCAAAUGGAAGGACAAUAUCUGGAAGUAUACAACGAAGUCAUCAACGACUUGCUUGGAAAAGACCAAUUCGAUACCAAGAAACACGAAAUCAAGACCGUAGAUGGGAAAGUGAGCGUAACAGAUGUAGUCAGUAUUCCCUUAAACAACCCCCGUCAGGUUUCAACCUUACUGGAUCGAGCUCGAGGUAGACGUGCUGUCGCUGCUACUCUGAUGAACGAGCGAUCUUCUCGAUCCCAUUCCGUGUUCACACUGAAAGUUAAAGGAGAGAAUCCAUCAACUGGUGAGAAAAGUGACGCGAUGCUCAACCUCGUCGAUCUAGCAGGUUCAGAGAGAGUUGAGAAGUCUGGUGCUGUAUCAAAUCAAGACCGAAUGAAAGAAGCUAUCAGUAUCAAUAAGUCUCUAUCAGCCUUGAUGGAUGUUAUCGGUGCUCUUGGUGGUGGUAAAGACGGGGGUCAUAUACCUUAUAGAAACUCAACCUUGACGAGGUUACUACAAACUAGUCUUAGUGGAUCAAGUAAAACUCUGAUGAUGUGUAACCUAUCACCCCUUUCUGCUCAUCUAGGUGAAACUUUAUGUUCACUUAGAUUCGCUACGAAAGUCAAUUCAACUGUCGUGGGUCAAGUGAAAAAGCAAAUUCAGAAGUAA